CCCCCCCCCCCCCGUAUCUGCUUCAAACCACGCUUUGGCACAGCGUCCCAGAGGAAGCAAGCGGCGGGUUUCACGGAUCUUGCAGUGAAUCUUGGACGGUUGGAUACCUGGGGACCUCAGUGAUGCGCAGCUGCAGGACGGCACGGUUUGGACAGGUGUGAGACCUGUGGCGCUCAGAGAUGAAGGUCACGCUGAUGUUUUAAUCACGCCGUUCUACGACCCCCCAGGCCUGGCACUGUUGAGCCCCACAUGGAUGAAUCCUGCUGUAGGAGCAGUACUCAUGGAAUACAAAGCCUGGCUGAGUCCGCCCCUCUCCGGAAGCCUCCUCGCAGCCCUCUCCUCCUGACACAGCCUCUCCUGGUCCCUCUCGACAUGAGGGUGUCUGCUCGGUGAUUCGGUGGACCCUGUGUUUUUCGGGUUCUUGCUUUUGUAGGUAACUUACAGGAUUUGUCAGCGCUCUGGGAUUCCUUUGUGUCAAAGGGUAUAGCACAGGGUGCGCAAAGGGCGGCGGAGUGGCGCUGGGGGUGGGCGUCGGUUGCGCACAGCUGCCGUGUUAUUGUGCCUGGAUUGUGAUGGCGGGCAGCCGGCCGGAGCCACAGGACCACCCGCCCGAGAACGGCUUCAGCCCGCUGGAGUGCCCGGCGCCCCGGUUGCUGCCGCACAUCGACGGAUGCGUGCUCCCCUCUCUGGGGGGCUUCGGGAGACACCAGAAGCAGCUGGUGGUCCUGACCUGGAUACCUGCGCUGUUCAUUGGCUUUAGUCAGUUCUCGGAUCAUUUUCUGCUGGCGCAGCCUAACGAGACCUGCGUGUUGCCCGCGGGUAACCUCAGUAGCUGGACCGGGUCACCUCUGCUUGCCACCGGCUCGCCCGCGCCGCAUCUCGGGGCCAACGGCACCGCGGAGGGACUCGGGGACGGCGCCGGGCUGCUGUGCUCCUGCGAGGAACGGAGGUUGGAGCUGCAAACGGGACUCCUUCAGAAUGUGGUUACCAAGUGGCACCUCGUGUGUGAUUCAGCCUGGAAGGUUCACAUAGCCAAGUUCUCCUUGCUGGUGGGCUCAAUAUUUGGCUACCUGGUGAUGGGAGUAAUGGCUGACUGGUUUGGCCGACACCCGGUGUUGAUUCUCUCGGCCCUUUUCAUGCUGGUGUUCGGCCUGUCUGUCGCCUUCUCUGUAAAUGUCACCAUGUUCAGCACAUUGCGUUUCUUUGAGGGUUUCUGCUUGGCGGGCCUCGCUCUCUCCCUCUACGUGCUCAGGAUUGAGCUGUGCUUGCCAGGCUGGCGCUUCUCCAUGACCAUGGUGGCCAGUUUUCUAAAGGUGGGCGGGCAGCUACUGAUGCCAGGGGUGGCCUCUCUGUGCCGCCAUUGGCCAAACGGGGAUGACUGGCAGGUGCUGCAGAUCGUCAUUAUCAGCCCUUUUGUUCUGAUGCUUCCAUAUGUCUGGAUUUUUCCCGAAUCGCUGCGCUGGUUGCUGGCCACCCAGCACUACAAGCGGUCCAAAGCCAUGAUGCUGCGCAUCGCCAGGAAGAACCAGGUUGACGCGACAACGGAGCCCAGUGGAGUUCUCACAGAGCUGGAGCAGGAGCUUCAUAAGAAACCCCAGAGGAGCUGCAUUGUCAAGAUGAUGAGUACCAGGAACCUGUGGAAAAACAUUGUGGUACUAUGUGUGAACUCUCUGACAGGUUAUGGGAUCCACCACUGCUUCGCCCGUAGUAUGAUGGACCCGGAGGCCCAGCCCACAGCUUUGUGCCACACUGACUACUACACCAUGGCUGGCAUCGCUGUGGCCACAUGUGUGGCCCUUUGCCCUGCGGUGGGGCUGAUGGGUCGGCGUGGAGGACUUCUCACCUUCAUGAUUAUAACAGCUCUGGCAUCACUACUGCAGCUGGGUCUGCUCAACUUAAUUGGAAAGUACAGCCUCCGCCAUGACACAGUUCUGCGAGACACUCUGAAUAGAAAAUUCUCAGUGGCCUUCUCCAUCAUUGGCAUGUUCUCCUCUCAUGCCGUCAGCACACUCAGCAUUUUCUUUUGUGCUGAAAUCACUCCUACUGUCAUCAGGGGUGGAGGUCUGGGCCUAGUCCUGGCUAGUGCAGGCUUUGGGAUGCUCACUGCCCCCAUCAUGGAGUUGCACAACCAAAAGGGUUACUUUCUGCAUCAUGUGAUUUUCGCCUGCUGCACGCUGCUCUGCACCAUCUGCCUGCUGCUGCUGCCGGAGCCGCGGGGUCAGCCGCUGCCAGAGACCCUGGCCGACGGCGAGACCUUCACUCGUCAGACCCUGCUCCAUCCCGGGGAGCAGCACCUCCUCCUCGUCAAGUAUGAAAGGGACUACUCCCGUGUCCACGACACGCCAUUACACCUCACAGCCACAGGCGGUGCCACGGCGGCAGUAGCCACCGCUCUGGCAGCGGUACCUGCAUCAUACACGCUUGCAACUGGUGGUGAGGUGAUUGGUAAUUGCACAAUAGCCAAUGGGGUAUGAGCUUCACAGCAAUAGUCUUCUACUGUGCAAACAACUGAUGCAGAUAACCAGACAAAAGAUGUGAUCAAAUGUUUUUGUGCAAAAGGAAGAAAUGUUAGCACAAACCAGAUGAACUGCUGUUAUACUGUAGGGAGGUUUGAGAUGAUGACAAUGAUAGGAAGUUAGUGUAGUGUUUAGUGACAAUGAUUCUUUCAGGAGUUGCCAAAAAAUAUUGUAUGGACCGUGUUUAUCUGAGGUCAGAGUGUGACGAUGGUGAUUUUAUUUGAGGACUCUUCUGUUUUUGCUUUUUGAUUAAACUACACGUCAUACAUAACCUAAGUAAAUACAAAAGGCAGUUUUCCAAUGAUUUAAUUUAUGAACUGAAAAAAAGACUGAGCCAAUUGUCCCUAAAUGUAUUUGAGCCCUAAAUGUAAUAUUUGUUAUUAACUGGAAAUUAGUCUUUUACAUUGAUGUGGAUUUCUUUAGAUUGGGCCACAAUGUGCUACUUUUUUUUUUUUUUUUUUAGAUCUUCUAGCCUCCUUCAUGCAUUCAGACUUCUCUUAAAGUCAUUUCUUGAUUCUACAGGUCUGAAACCAAUCAGGCUUGGUGAAAUUAAACUCGAUUUCCAGAAAGGAGAAUCACAGCUAAUACAUUAUUUAUUAAAGCGAGGGGGUGGGGGGUGUUCUAAUAAUAUUUAAAAUCAUUUGAAAGGUCCAUUUUACUCAGGUUAUCUUUGUCUGAUAUUAAACUUGUUUGAAGUUAUCUAAUUGUGACAAAAAAGCAAAAACAGAAGAAAUCUGUAGGGGGGCAAAGACUUUUUCACCACACUGCAAGUCUUUCUUACUUAUUUUGCACUAAAUGUCAAAGACACAAUCAAGUGUUUGUGAAUUUUUAGCCAACAUGUUGGAAAACCAGGCUUAAUCCAAUAUAAAAACAACUAGCAUGAAAGGGCACAAAUGGUUUUAAUAGUUUUACAUAUAUGUUUUCCCCCCUUUUCAUUUGUGUUCUCUAAUUAAAAUCCAUUUGUGGUACUUUAUGCGGUCGGCGUAGACGCUGAUCUUUACUGCUGUCUGGGGGGACGUAUGAAGGUUGUCGAACGUCACGAACAGCCGGAGACCACGGCAGACUUUAAACGCGUAGCUGUAGCCUUUUGAGACUUGACGAGGCAAAUCUGAGAGCUGAACGGAUGUUAGGGCGGUGUUCUGCUGUACGUCUAAAUGAUGUGUCUCAGCAUUUCAAUGGCUUUAUCUCAAUGGCUCUGGCUUUUUUACAGAUUAAAGACUAGAUGUAACUGAAGAAAGACAGUAUUUAUUUUCUAAUGAUGCCAAGGGCAAACUUGUUGCUUGAAUUACCUCCUUAAUUAGCAAAUAUUUCCACUCCAGUUGUCACUGUUAAUUCUCUGUACUUUAGUAUUGUUAUAAUCCUGCUGUUUCUAUGUUUAACAUUAGACAGAAAGCACAAUAAAUUACUGUUUUAGAAAUAAACACGUGAGGUUUAGAGUACAGCAGCGUAGAUCUGGCUUAGUUGUAAAUGUGAACAUUUAUACUACGUGAAUAUCCAGUAGGAUUUGUACAUGUGCCAUUCAUUCAUAAUGAUCAUGAUCGCCACAGGUUUAGAAGCACAUCAACUAGAUGGACCAGCCAACUAAUCCAAACAACGAUUCAAACUAUAUUAGUGUUGUAUGGCUUACUGGUUUGUAUGUUUAACUGGUAAAUCAACGAAAAACAGGAAAAAAACAAAAAAACAACUCAGCCUCCGAUGCUGUUUUCUAAGUGUUAUUUUUUUAAUAAGAUGCAUUUGUACAAAAAGCCAUAGGCCUACGUGUUUUGAUAAUAAACCACUUAAUUUAUUAUGUCAAUAAAAGAACAGUGGAUGUGA